AUGAAAUCCCCUAGGAGAACCAUGAUGUCAUUUGUGAUCAUUGUGAUUUAUUCUUCCCAAGUUACACUGAGCUUGAAUUUAGAGUCUAUUGUUCAUCCUUUGAUUCUCCACGAUCAUGAACUAGCAGGGGAAGAGCCACUAAGGCAAAAAAGAGCAGUUGUCACGAGUAGUCCUGCAGCUAAAGAAUACACUGUUGAUAUUGAGAUCAGUUUUGAAAAUGCCUCCUUCCUGGAGCCUGUCAAAACUUACUUGAAUAGCCUCACUUUUCCAAUUCGAGUCAAUGACAGUGACCAAGCUACUAACAUUUUGAGCAUGGAGGUGACAACAGUCUGCAGACCUACUGGAAAUGAAAUCUGGUGCUCCUGUGAGACAGGCUAUAGGUGGCCUCAGGAACAGUGCCUCCACAAUCUCACUUGUCAAGAGCAUGACAACUCCCCUGCAGGGAAUCACUGCAGUUGCCUUAAAGGACUGCCUCCCAAAGGACCUUUUUGCCAGCUCCAGGGAGCUGUUACCCUGAGAAUGUUGGUCAGACUCAAUGUGGGCUUUCAAGAAGAUCUCAGGAACACUUCCUCUGCCCUCUACAGGUCCUACAAGACUGACUUGGAAAGAGCAUUCCGGAAAGGUUACAGUAUUUUACCGGGCUUCGAAUCUGUGACUGUGACAGGGUUCAGGCCCGGAAGUGUGUUUGUGAGAUAUGAAAUCAAGACUACAACACCAUCACCUGAAUUAAUGCGCAAGGCGAAUGAGCAAGUGAUGCAUAACCUUAAUCAGACCUACAGAAUGGACUACAAUUCCUUUCAAGUAAUUCCUAGUAAUGAAACUAAGUUCUCUAUCAUACCAGAAAUCAUCUUUGAAGGGGAUACAGUAACUCUGAUGUGUGAAAGUGAAGUUUUGUCCCCCAACAUGUCCUGGCACCAUGUCCCAAGGCACUCUGACAUCCAGAACAGCAGCAGAUUCUCGAUUUACAGCUCUGUGUUCAACAAUGUGACCUCGGUAUCACACCUCAUUAUUUAUAACAUCACUCAAGAGGACGCAGGUGAAUAUAGUUGCAAACUGACAUUAGAUAUUUUUGAAUAUGAGUCAAGAAAAAGAAUUAAUGUUACACCCAUCCGAAUUUUGGCAAAUGAAGAAAUGAAGGUGACGUGUGAUAACAAUCCUGUAUCUUUGAACUGCUGCAGUGAGAUUAGCGUUAACUGGAGUAAAAUAGAAUGGAAGCAGGAGGGGAAGAUAAACAUUCCAGGAAACUCUGAAACAGACUUAGAUUCCAGCUGCAGUAAUUACAUUCUCAAGGCCGACGGAACUCAGUGUCUAAGUGGAACAACAGUCAUCUAUACUUGUGAGUUCAUCAGUGCCCAUGGAGCCCGAGGAACUAAGAACAUAGAAGUGACAUUUACGUCUGUGGCCAACAUAACAAUAACCCCGGACCCAAUUUCUGUUUCUGAGGGACAAAACUUUUCUAUAAAGUGCACCAGUGAUAUGAGUAACUAUGAUGAGGUGUAUUGGAACACUUCUGCGGGAAUUAAAAUAUACCAAAGGUUUUUUACCACGAGGAAGUAUCCUGAUGGAGCGGAGUCAGUGCUGACGGUGACGACCUCGACGAGGGAAUGGAAUGGAACCUAUUACUGCAUAUUUAGAUAUAAAAAUGCAUACAGUGUCGCGACCAAAGAUAUCACUGUUCACCCACUGCCUCUAGAGCUGGACAUCAUGGUUGACCCUUUGGAAGCUGCAAUUUCAUGCAAAGAUUCCCAUUACUUCAAAUGCUGCAUCGAGGAGGAUGAACACUACAAAGUAACUUUCCAAGCCGAUUCCGUUUUCUUUCCUCCUGAAAAAGAAGUUAAUGGAAAGCAAGUGUGCUACGUAUUGAAUUUCACGGCAAACUCAGUUUCCUGGUGUCCAAAAAAUGUUGAUGUGUUUUGUCACUUUACCAAUGCUGCUAAUAAUUCAGUCCGGAGUCUACCUAUGAAGCUUAAUCUGGUUCCUGGAGAGAACAUCACAUGCCAAGACCCCAUAAUAGGUGUUGGGGAGCCUGGGAGAGUCAUCCAGAAGUUAUGCCAGUUUUCAAACCUUCCCAGCAGCCCUGGAGGGCCCGUUGGUGGAAUCAUUACUUACAAAUGUGUAGGGUCUCAAUGGAAGGUGAAGAGAAAUGACUGCAUCUCUGCCCCAAUAAAUAGUCUGCUCCAGCUGGCCAAGGCUUUGAUCAAGAGCCCCUCUCAGGACAGGAAGCUGCCUUCAUACCUAAGAGGUCUUUCUAUUAGCAAAGACAAGGUGGCACAUGAAGUCGGCUCAUCUCCUGGCAGCCUGGGAGCCAUUAUUAACAUCCUUGAUUUGCUCUCAACAGUUCCAAUCCGAGUGAAUUCAGAAAUGAUGACGCACAUCCUGUCUAUAGUUAAUGUCAUCCUCGACAAGCCCAUCUUGAGUACCUGGAAGAUGUUACUACAGCAACAGACCAAUUACAGCUCACAGCUACUGGAUUCAGUGGAAAGAUUUUCCCAAGCAUUAUGGUCAGAAGAUAGCACUAUUUUGUCCAUCUCCCAAACUAAUGUGCAGAUGAGGAGCAUGAUAAUAAAAUCUGGCCCCCCAAAACCUUACAAACAGGUCUUUGUUUUCUCAGACUCUGACCUCUGGGGCAAUGUGGCCAUUGACAAGUGCCAGAUGGAAAACCUGCAGCCGAAUUCGUCUAUUGUCACCGUGGCUUUCCCAACUCUCAAAACCAUUCUUGCUCCGGAUUUUCAGAGAAAUAAUUUCGCAGACAGCUUAGUGAUGACAACCACUGUCAGGCCCCAAAUAACCACGCCAUUUAGAAUUUCAAUGACUUUUAAGAAUAACAACUCCUUAGGUUGGAAACCACAAUGUGUCUUCUGGAACUUCACCCUCGCCAACCACACAGGGGGGUGGGAUAGCAGUGGGUGCUAUGUGAAAGUCGAUGGGGACAGUGUCUUCUGCAGCUGUGACCACUUAACAUCAUUCUCCGUCCUCAUGUCCCCUGACUCUCCAGACCCUGAUUCUCUCCUGAAAAUACUACUGGAUAUCAUUUCCUACAUUGGGUUGUGCUUUUCCAUUUUGAGCUUAGCGGCCUGUCUAGUUGUGGAAGCUGUGGUUUGGAAGUCAGUGACCAAGAAUCGGACUUCCUACAUGCGUCACAUCUGCAUAGUGAACAUUGCUGCCUCCCUUCUGAUUGCUGACAUCUGGUUCAUUGUGGCCUCCACCAUCCGCGACCAUUACUACCUACUCAACGAGACUGCCUGUGUGGCAGCCACCUUCUUCAUACACUUCUUCUACCUCAGCGUCUUUUUCUGGAUGCUGACUCUGGGACUCAUGCUCUUUUACCGCCUGGUUUUCAUCCUGCAUGAUGUAAGCAAGUCCAUUCAGAAGGCUAUUGCAUUUUCUCUUGGCUAUGGCUGUCCUCUUGUCAUCUCGGUCAUCACGGUGGGGGCCACCCAGCCCCAGGAAGUCUACAUAAGGAAGAACGCCUGUUGGCUCAACUGGGAUGAUACCAAGGCCCUGCUGGCCUUUGUCAUCCCAGCACUGAUCAUCGUGGUGGUGAAUGUGACCAUCACGGUUGUGGUCAUCACCAAGAUCCUAAGACCUUCCAUUGGCGACAAGCCUAACAAGCAGGAGAAGAGCAGCCUGUUUCAGAUCACCAAGAGCAUUGGGGUCCUCACGCCACUCUUGGGGCUUACCUGGGGUUUUGGUCUUGCCACUGUGUUCCAAGGAAGCAAUGCUGUGUUCCAUAUUGCAUUCACCCUCCUCAAUGCCUUCCAGGGAUUAUUCAUUUUACUCUUUGGAUGCCUCUGGGAUCAGAAGGUACAGGAAGCAUUGCUGAAAAAGUUUUCACUGUCGAGAUGGUCUUCACAGCACUCAAAGUCAACAUCCCUCGGUUCUUCUACGCCUGUAUUUUCUAUGAGUUCUCCAAUAUCAAGAAGAUUUAACAAUUUGUUUGGUAAAACAGGAACGUACAACGUUUCUACCCCGGAAACAACCAGUUCAUCCCUGGAAAACACAUCCAGUGCUUAUUCGUUGCUCAACUAAGAACAGGCAAAUCCAACUCAUGUGACCUCUCGGGGAACAGUGGAUGUACUCUGAAAAAGAGAUCUUUUCAAAGCCCUGGGUAAAAUAUUUUCUCCACAGGCUUCUGGGAGCAAAUGCUGAAGAAACUGUUUCAUUAGGGAAGAGGCUUUCUCUUGUAAAGACAGACUAAAAAUAAUU